AUGGAAACGCGUGAUAGACUGUAUAGCCUUAUAGCUAAGGUCGUGGGCCUUGAGAUAGGCUCUAUUCGGGAUAACAGCAACUUUUUCGGCAUCGGAGGCGAUUCUAUAUCCGCCUUGAAGCUCACAAAACUAUGCAAAGACGAAAAUCUGUUUCUCACCGUUGACGAUAUUUUCGACUAUCCGGAAAUGGCGGAUCUGGUCAGAAUAUCAGGAAAAAGACCUGCCACGAACGGCACGCGCAAUCAGCCUAAGGAGCCAAAGACGCCUCUACAGACAAUCAAUCCAAAUACUCUAUGCCGACAGCCCACACAAGAAGAGUCUUCUAAGUGCAACCUUGCUGUCCUUCCUACCACAGGCUUUCAGCGAUGGAGUCUAUCCGGAAUGCACUACCGGUACUUCAGGAUUUCUUUGCCUGCCAGUAUCGACAGGAAUCGGCUUUUCCACUCUUGCGAAUUGUUGGUGCAAAGACACGACAGCCUGAGAACUGCGUUUGCUAAGCAGGAUGGUGACAAUGGAAAGACCGUGGUCCAGAUUGUACAUCCAUCGGUUCGAAUCCAGUUCCAGGAAAACAAUCAAGUUGAAUCAUUGGACCGGCAUUGUGACGAAGAUACCCGGGACGCAGUAGAGCCCCCUGUGGAUGGAAAGCCUCCAUUCCAGGUGCAGAUUGUGACACUAAAGGAUUCAAGAGCAUUUCUUGUGUUGCGAUUUGCGCAUGCUCAGUGGGACGGUUUCUCGCUAGCCAGCAUAACCAACGAUCUGUCGGCAGCUUACAACAACCUUCCGCUAUCGCCUACCACGCAGUACUUUCAGCAUGCUUCCGCUGCGUGGGCCACACACACCGACGACGCAUUCAAAAUCUGGAUGCGAGUCUUGGAGGGCUCGCAAAUGACAAAAAUGGAUGCGGGGGCUCUGCUCCUACUCCCAAAAGAAUCUGCCAGAUCAGAAAUCGGCAUCAAAAUGCAGGAGCCGUAUACAGUCAAAAUUACAAAGACUAUACCAAAAGAACCUUUGUCUUCCCUUCCAACAAACAUUUCCAUGGGAACGGUGAUCAAAACAGCGUGGGCAAUGACCCUCAUGCAUUCCUUCCGCCGAAAAAGGACCUCGGAAGAGAACCAGGUACAUGAUGUUGUCUUCGGCCAAGUUACCAAUGGUCGUGCUCUAGGCAUCCCCAAUGAGAGCCACAUUAUCGGACCCUGCACGAACAUUAUCCCAGUGCGCGUGCGUCUGACUGGAACUUCCAUCACUAAACUCGAUCUUCUGCGCAAAGUACAGCGACUAUACCUCGAUACGAGAGCAUAUGAGAAUGUGGAGUUUGAGCAUAUCGUCAAGCGAUGCACCACGUGGGCAUCAGAUACGAAAUAUGGCAGUAUUGUGCGAUUCCAGAAUUACGACUUCAACCCAACAACUUGGCUAGAGGGAACUGCCUGCAAAGGAUCCCUUUAUUAUGUUCCCAAUCGGCCUUCAGAGACAGCGAAUAUCGCUAUCUUUCCUUUUGAAACCGAACUAUCCGUGGUGAUGACGGUGUCGAAUCAUACUCUCAACGAACAGGAGGCCCAGUGUAUAGUCGACGAGUUUUGCAAGCAGGUUCAAGAAUUUAGCAACGACCAUGAUUUGGAUGAACCUGUCAAUUUGCAGUAUUCAUACCAAGCUCCAGAAUGA